AUGUUAACAAUUUUUGUCGAUCCUGAUCAUGACAAGGUUAGACUACUGGGUAGAUUAACAUUAAACAAAAACAAAGAACCAAAAAAACUAGAUACACCAAAUUGUAUACUUUAUACAAGUAAAGGUUCAGUGCCACACUUGACACCAGACACAUUAAGAUUAUUACCUUUCGAUGCCGUUAAAAUAACAUUAGAACAUUUUCUUCAUGUACGACCACCACCUUCAAUUGAAUUCUCUGAUGGAAUUCAUAAAUUUUUAAAUUUAGAAGAGUAUUUAGUACUCUUUGAUAUUAGAGAUUCUUUUAAUUUAGAGGAAGCGUCAUUAAACACUGAUAAUAGUAUUUCCGUUAAUACAAAUCAAGGGGUUAAAAAGCUCACACAAGAAGAAUAUGUGAAAUAUAUGAAUGCAUAUAAACCGGAUAUAUUUAUUAGCAUGUCUGAUGAUAUUGCAAUACCCAAUCCAAGUUUGAAGAGAAUAAAAAAAUCUGAAGGAAUAAAUAUUUUUGGAGUAUUAGGUGGAUAUAAUAACUUAGAAGAGAGAGUAAGAUUUAUCAAAGAGAUCAAUAAUUUUAAUGUAGAUGGAUUUGUGAUAAAUGACUUCAUCAAUAGUAAAAAUAAUACCAAUGAUAAUGGUGAAGACAAACCUUCGAAAAAAUGGAUUGAUCUAAUAAAAGAAUCGUUUAGACAUUUACCAAUAAAUAAACCUCGUUUAGCAUAUGGAUUUGAAAGUCCAGAAGAAAUACUCCUUGGAAUAUAUAAAGGAAUAGAUUUGUUUGAUACGUGUUAUCCAACAAAACUCACAAAUUCAGGUCAUGCACUGACUUUCACAUUUUACAAUGAUGAUAAUGAUCAAAUAACAGAAGAAAAAUAUUAUAUAGAUUUAUGGGAUGUAAAGUAUCGUAAUGAUUUUGCACCAAUUUCAAAUUCAUGUAAAUGUUAUGCAUGCCAAAAUCAUACGAAAGCUUACUUGCAUCAUUUAUUAAUUACUCAUGAAAUGCCAAACAUAGAAAUAAAUGAUUAUUUUGAAAUCAGCAGAGAUGAAUUAGGAAAUUAA